CACACACACACACCGCCCGCACUCCGCACGCAGACACAGCGCGAGCUCCGAGUGACCGCCGACAUGUCUGACGGAGGAGAAGGAGAGGACGAGAUCCAGUUCCUGCGGACUGAUGACGAGGUGGUCCUGCAGUGUUCAGCCACUCUCCAUAAAGAGCAACAGAAACUCUGUUUGGCUGCUGAAGGUUUCGGGAACAGACUCUGCUUCCUUGAGUCCAUCUCCAACUCCAAGAAUGUUCCUCCUGAUUUGUCCAUCUGCACCUUCGUGUUGGAGCAGUCUCUGUCUGUUCGAGCUCUGCAGGAGAUGCUGGCCAACACAGAGGACAGGAACGAGGGGACGGGGCAGGGCGGCAGCCAUCGAACCUUACUGUACGGACAUGCAGUGCUGCUGAGACACUCCUACAGCGGGAUGUACCUGUGCUGUCUCUCCACCUCCCGCUCGUCCACUGACAAACUGGCCUUUGAUGUCGGCCUGCAGGAGGACACGACAGGCGAGGCGUGCUGGUGGACUAUCCAUCCUGCCUCGAAGCAGCGUUCAGAGGGGGAGAAGGUCAGAGUGGGUGAUGAUCUCAUCCUGGUCAGCGUGUCCUCAGAGAGAUACCUGCACCUGUCGUAUGGAAACAGCUCUCUGCAUGUGGACGCAGCCUUCCAGCAGACUCUGUGGAGUGUAGCUCCCAUCUGUUCAGGAAGCGAGGUGGCUCAAGGUUACCUGAUCGGAGGAGACGUCCUGCGCAUCCUUCACGGUCACAUGGACGAGUGUCUGACGGUUCCAUCAGGAGAGCACGGAGACGAGCAGAGGAGGACGGUGCACUACGAGGGCGGAGCUGUGUCCAGUCACGCCCGUUCUCUGUGGAGACUGGAGACUCUGAGGGUGGUGUGGAGUGGGAGUCACAUCCGUUGGGGUCAGCCGUUCAGACUGCGUCAUGUGACCACGGGAAAAUACUUGAGUCUGAUAGAAGAUAAAUCUCUGCAGCUGCUGGACAAAGAACGAGCAGACGUCAAAUCUACGGCCUUCUGCUUCAGGUCGUCUAAGGAAAAGUUGGACCCUGGUGUGAAGAAGGAGGUGGAUGGGAUGGGGGCUCCUGACAUUAAAUAUGGAGACUCUGUGUGUUACAUCCAACACGUGGACACCUUUCUGUGGCUCACCUAUCAGACUGUGGACGCUAAGUGUGCUCGUAUGGGCGGAGUCCAGAGAAGGGCCAUAAUGCAUCACGAGGGCCACAUGGACGAUGGGCUGACUCUGUCUCGCUCUCAACACGAGGAGAGUCGAACUGCACGAGUCAUCAGGAGUACUGUGUUUCUGUUCAACCUGUUCAUCAGGGGGCUGGACUCUCUGAGGAAAAAGGGGCGGGGCUCCACUCCAGAUCUACCCAUAGAUUCAGUCAGUCUGAGUCUGGAGGAUCUGAUUGGAUACUUCCAACCACCUGGAGAUCACCUGGAGCACGAAGACAAACAGAACCGCCUGAGAGCGCUCAAGAACCGCCAGAACCUUUUCCAGGAGGAGGGGAUGAUCAGCCUGGUGUUGGAGUGUAUCGAUCGUCUCCACGUUUACAGCAGUGCGGCUCAUUUUACUGAAGCUGCAGGAAGAGAAGCAGGAGACGCUUGGAGCUCCAUCCUCAACUCUCUGUACCAGCUGCUGGCGGCUCUGAUCAGAGGAAACAGGAAGAACUGUGCUCAGUUCUCGGGCUCAUUGGAUUGGUUAAUCAGCAGACUGGAGCGGCUGGAGGCCUCCUCGGGUAUCCUAGAGGUUCUUCACUGUGUGCUGGUGGAGAGUCCUGAGGCUCUGAACAUCAUCAAAGAGGGACACAUCAAGUCCAUCAUCUCUCUGCUGGACAAACACGGACGCAACCACAAGGUACUGGACGUGUUGUGCUCUCUGUGCGUGUGUCACGGCGUUGCUGUUCGCUCAAACCAACAUCUGAUCUGUGACAACCUGCUGCCAGGAAGAGACCUGCUGCUGCAGACCAGGCUGAGCAACCACGUAAGCAGCAUGCGUCCAAACAUCUUCCUAGGCGUCAGCGAUGGCUCCGCCCAGUACAGGAAGUGGUACUACGAGCUGAUCGUUGAUCAGGCUCUGCCGUUCGUCACAGCGGAGGCGACUCACCUGAGGGUGGGCUGGGCCAACACAAACGGCUACGCCCCCUUCCCCAGCGGGGGGGAGGGGUGGGGGGGCAAUGGGGUGGGAGAUGACCUCUACUCGUAUGGCUUUGAUGGACUCCACCUGUGGUCAGGCUGCAUCGCUCGCUCUGUGAGCUCUCCUAACCAGCACCUCCUGAGGGUGGAGGACGUGGUGAGCUGCUGUCUGGAUCUGAGCGUGCCCAGUAUCUCCUUCAGGAUCAACGGGCAGCCCGUGCAGGGCAUGUUCGAGAACUUCAACUCUGACGGACUAUUCUUCCCCGUGGCGAGCUUCUCUGCAGGAGUCAAAGUGCGUUUCCUACUGGGGGGUCGUCAUGGAGAGUUUAAGUUCCUCCCCCCUCCUGGUUACGCCCCCUGCUACGAGGCCGUGUUACCCCGAGAGAAGCUAAAGCUGGAGCCCAGUCAGGACCAGACUGAGGACAGAGACCUGCUUGGACCCACCAUCACCCUGAGCCAGGCAGCCUUCACCCCCAUACCUGUGGACACCAGCCAGAUCGUUCUUCCUCCUCACUUGGAGAGAAUCCGGGAGAAACUGGCAGAAAACAUUCAUGAGCUUUGGGUGAUGAAUAAGAUUGAACUGGGCUGGACCUACGGAGCCGUGAGAGAUGAUAACAAGAGGCAGCACCCCUGUCUGGUGGAGUUCUCCAAACUUCCCGAGCAGGAGAGGAGCUACAACCUGCAGAUGUCUCUGGAGACGCUCAAAACUCUGCUGGCUCUGGGCUGCCAUGUUGGUCUGGCUGAUGAACACGCCGUGGAGAAAGUGAAGAGUCUGAAGCUGUCCCAAACCUAUGAGUUAUCCAGUGGUUAUAAACCUGCACCUCUGGACCUGAGUCACAUCAAACUGACCUCCACCCAGGAAGCCAUGGUGGACAAACUGGCUGAGAACGCUCACAACGUGUGGGCUAGAGACCGCAUUCGGCAGGGCUGGACCUACGGCAUCCAGCAGGAUGUGAAGAGCCGUAGAAACCCUCGUCUGGUCCCCUACGUUCUGCUGGACGAGAGGACCAAGAAGUCCAACAAAGACAGUCUGAGAGAGGCGGUCAGGACUCUGCUGGGCUACGGAUACAACCUGGAAGCUCCAGACCAGGACCACGCAGCUCAGUGUGACCUCAGUAACAUGUCUGCUGAGAGGUUCAGAAUCUUCAGAGCAGAGAAAACCUACAGUGUGAACGCAGGGAAGUGGUACUUUGAGCUGGAGGUGUUAACAGCAGGAGAAAUGAGGGUGGGCUGGGCCAGACCAGGGUGCCUUCCAGACCACGAGCUGGGAUCUGAUGAUCAGGCCUUUGUGUUUGAUGGUUUCAAGGUCCAGCGCUGGCACCAGGGUAACGAGCACUUUGGGCGGGCAUGGCAGACGGGGGAUGUGGUGGGCUGCAUGGUGGACCUAAACGAACACACCAUGAUGUUCACACUGAACGGAGAAGUGCUGCUGGAUGACUCUGGAUCUGAGCUGGCAUUCAAGGACUUUGAUGCUGGUGAAGGUUUCAUCCCGGUGUGCAGUCUGGGGGUAUGUCAGGUGGGGAGGAUGAACUUUGGAAAAGAUGUCAGCUCUCUGAAGUACUUCACCAUCUGCGGACUGCAGGAAGGAUAUGAACCAUUCGCCGUCAACAUGAACCGGGACGUCACCAUGUGGCUCAGCAAGAGGCUGCCUCAGUUUGUACCUGUGCCCCCAAACCACCAACACAUAGAUGUGACGAGGAUCGACGGGACGGUGGAGUCGUGUCCAUGUCUCAGGGUCACUCAGAGGUCAUUUGGCUCUCAGAACAGUCACAAUGACAUCACCUUCUACAGACUGAGCAUGCCCAUAGAGUGUGCAGAGUCCUUCUCCAGAUCGCCACAUGACAGCCUCUUCUCUCCAAAGAGGGAACUGGAGGACUUUGAGACAGUGUCAGACUUCGAGGUCCUCAUGAAGUCUCCUCAUGGUCCCAACGGUCCUGACAGAGACGAGUUCAACAACCACAAAGAUUAUAACCAGGAGAAGCCCUCCAAACUUAAGCAGAGGUUCAUGCUGAAGAAAAACAAACCUGACAACAGCUGUCCAACAUCUACCCGUCUGUCAGAGGAGGUGAUGGCUGACGACAGAGAUGAAUACGAGUUUCUCAUGCAUGCAUCAACGCACCACUACUCAGUGCGGAUCUUCCCCGGUCAGGAGCCCAGCAGUGUGUGGGUGGGCUGGGUGACCUCUGACUUCCAUCAGUACGACCCCGGCUUCGAGCUGCACAAAGUCCGAACUGUGACUGUGACCCUGGGAGACGAGAAGGGCAAAGUUCACGAGAGUAUAAAGCGCAGUAACUGCUACAUGGUGUGGGCCGGAGAGAGCAGCAGUCCUGGUCAAGGGAGGAACAACAACGGUUUGGAGAUCGGCUGUCUGGUCGACACAACACACGGUCUACUGACCUUCACGGCCAACGGGAAGGAACUCAGCACAUACUACCAGGUGGAGCCCAGCACCAAACUGUUCCCUGCAGUGUUUGCCAAAGCCACCAGUCCCAAUGUGUUCCAGUUUGAACUGGGACGAGUCAAGAAUGUGAUGCCUUUGUCAGCUGGUCUGUUUAAGAGCGAGAGGAAGAACCCGGCUCCUCAGUGUCCUCCUCGACUGCACGUCCAGUUUCUCACACCAGUGUUAUGGAGUCGAGUACCAAACCACUUCCUCAAGGUCUCAGCGUCCAGAGUGAACGACAGACACGGCUGGCUGGUCCAGUGUACUGAACCUCUGCAGUUCAUGUCUCUGCACAUACCUGAGGAGAACAGGUGUGUGGACAUCCUGGAGCUGUCCGAGCAGAGCGACUUGUUAAAGUUUCACUUCCACACUCUCAGACUGUACUCUGCUAUCUGUGCUCUGGGAAACAACCGGGUCGCUCACGCUCUCUGCUCACACGUGGACGAGUCCCAGCUGCUGCAGGCUAUCCAGAACAAAUACAUGCCAGGUCUGCUGCGUGCAGGUUACUACGACCUGCUGAUCGACAUCCACCUGAGCAGCUACGCCACAGCUCGCCUCAUGAUGAACAACGAGUACAUCGUCCCCAUGACCGACGAGACCAAGAGCAUCACCCUGUUCCCCGACCAGGACAAGAAGCACGGCCUGCCCGGCAUCGGCCUCAGCACCUCCCUCAGACCCAGAAUGCACUUCACCUCGCCCUGCUUCGUCUGCGGGGCCGUGCCGUCCCACUGUAACCAUAGCAACAACGGCUCAGCAUCCGGAGACUGUUUCCAGUACAGCCCCGAGUUCCCCUUAGAUGUCCUGAAGGUGAAGACUAUCGAGAUGCUGACGGAGGCGGUGAGGGAGGGCAGCUUGCACGUCAGAGAUCCUAUAGGGGGCAGCACUGAGUUCCUGUUCGUCCCCCUCAUUAAACUGUUCUACACCAUGCUCAUCAUGGGCGUGUUCAAGAACGGAGACCUGAAGAACAUCCUGAGGCUGAUCGAGCCCUCAGUCUUCUGUGUGAGUGGGGAGGAGCAGGAGGGGGUGCUGAAGGAGCAGGAGGGGGGAGGAAGAGGAGAGGAGGGGGGGAGGAGCAUGCCCAAAGAAGGACUGUUACAGAUGAAGCUACCUGAGCCCGUCAAACUACAGAUGUGCCACGUGCUGCAGUACCUGUGUGACUGUCAGGUGCGUCACCGGAUCGAGGCGGUGGUCGCCUUCUCUGACGACUUUGUGGCCUGUCUCCAAGACAACCAGCGUUUCCGCUACAACGAGGUGAUGCUCGCUCUCAACAUGUCCGCAGCGCUCACCGCCAGGAAGACCAAAGAGUUCAGGUCCCCUCCACAGGAGCAGAUCAACAUGCUGCUGAACUUUAAAGACAACAAACAGGACUGUCCCUGUCCCGAGUCCAUCCGAGACCAGCUGCUGGACUUCCACGAGGACCUCAUGAGACACUGUGGUAUAGAGCUGGACGAGGACCGAGCGAUCGGCGGAGACGGUGACUUCACCAUCAGAGGUCGGCUCAUGUCAUUGGUUGAGAAGGUGUCGUACCUGAAGAACAAGAUGGCCGCCCUUCCUGCAGAGAAGAAGCACAGGAAGCCCAGUACCUUACAACAGCUGAUCUCGGACACAAUGGUCCGCUGGGCUCAGGAGUCGGUCAUCGAGGAUCCAGAACUGGUCAGAGCCAUGUUUGUUUUGCUGCACCGACAGUACGACGGCAUCGGAGGACAGGUGCAGGCUCUCCCAAAGACCUACACCAUCAACUCGGUCUCCAUCGAGGACACCAUCACCCUGCUGGCGGCUCUGGGUCAGAUCAGAUCUCUGCUCAGCGUCCGGAUGGGCCGCGAGGAGGAGAAGCUGAUGAUCCGAGGGCUGGGUGACAUCAUGAACAACAAGGUGUUCUACCAGCACCCUAACCUGAUGAGAGCUCUGGGGAUGCAUGAGACCGUCAUGGAGGUGAUGGUGAACGUGCUGAGUGGAGGAGACUUGAAGGAGAUCACGUUUCCUAAGAUGGUGGCUAACUGCUGUCGCUUCCUGUGUUACUUCUGUCGAAUCAGCCGUCAGAACCAGAAGGCCAUGUUUGAUCACCUGAGUUACCUGCUGGAGAACAGCAGUGUGGGCCUAGCCUCUCCCUCCAUGAGGGGCUCGACUCCCCUCGAUGUGGCUGCAGCUUCAGUGAUGGAUAAUAACGAGCUGGCUCUGGCUCUAAGAGAACCCGACCUGGAGAAGGUGGUUCAGUACCUCGCGGGCUGUGGGCUGCAGAGCUGUGUGAUGCUCAUUCAUAAAGGUUACCCAGACAUCGGCUGGAACCCGGUUGAGGGAGAACGCUACCUCGACUUCCUGCGAUUCGCCGUCUUCUGCAACGGUGAGAGCGUGGAGGAGAAUGCUAAUGUGGUGGUGAGGCUCCUGAUUCGUCGGCCUGAGUGUUUUGGCCCCGCCCUCCGAGGUGAAGGUGGAGAUGGGCUGUUAGCAGCGAUGGAGGACGCCAUCAAGAUCUCCCAGGAUUCCUCCAGAGACGGACCAUCGCCGUCGUCUGAAAGCAGCAAGACCCUCAGUGACAUCACAGAGGAAGAGGAAGAUGACACAAUCCACAUGGGGAACGCCAUCAUGACAUUCUACGCUGCUCUGAUCGACCUGCUAGGCCGCUGUGCUCCAGAGAUGCAUCUGAUACAUGCAGGGAAAGGUGAAGCAAUCAGGAUCAGAGCCAUCCUGAGGUCUCUGAUCCCCAUCGAGGACCUGGUGGGAGUCAUCAGCAUCCCGUUCUCCAUGCCUAACCUGGGGACAGACGGUCACGUGGUGGAGCCUGACAUGUCAGCUGGUUUCUGUCCGGAUCAUAAAGCCGCCAUGGUUCUGUUCCUGGACCGAGUGUACGGCAUCGAGGACCAGAACUUCCUGCUCCACCUGCUGGAGGUCGGGUUCUUACCUGACCUGAGGGCCGCUGCCUCGCUCGACACGGUGUCUCUCAGUGCCACAGACAUGGCGUUGGCUCUGAACAGGUAUCUGUGUACCGCUGUGCUCCCUCUUCUCACUAAAUGUGCUCCUCUGUUUGCGGGGACUGAACCGUUCGCCUCGCUGAUCGACUCCCUGCUGCACACCGUGUACCGCCUGUCCAAAGGAUGCUGCCUUACCAAGGCCCAGAGGGACGCCAUCGAGGAGUGUCUGCUCGCCGUCUGUGGGAAGCUGAGGCCGUCCAUGAUGCAGCAUCUUCUGAGGAGGCUGGUGUUUGACGUCCCGCUGCUCAACGAACACACCAAGAUGCCUUUAAAGCUGCUGACCAAUCACUACGAGCGUUGUUGGAAGUAUUACUGUCUGGCUGGAGGCUGGGGGAACUUUGGAGCAGCUUCAGAUGAAGAGCUGCAUCUGUCCAGGAAACUCUUCUGGGGGAUCUUUGAUGCUCUGUCACGCAAGAGGUACGAUCAGGAGCUGUUUAAACUCGCUCUGCCGUGUCUCAGCGCCGUGGCCGGAGCUCUUCCUCCAGACUACAUGGAGUCCAACUACAUGGCCAUGAUGGAGAAACAGUCGUCCAUGGACUCCGAGGGAAACUUCACCCCCCAGCCUGCAGACACUGCACAUGUUUGUGUUCCAGAGAAACUGGAUUAUUUUAUCUCCAGAUAUGCAGAACACAUCCAUGAGAAGUGGAGUAUAGAGAAGUUUUCCAGCGGCUGGUCGUUUGGAGAGCAGCUCUGUGAACUCUCUAAGAGUCAACCGUUACUGAAACCUUACAAAGGCCUCUCUGAGAAGGAUAAGGAUUCGUACUGCAUUCCUGUCAGAGAGUCUCUGAAGACAAUGUUAUCGUGGGGCUGGAGCAUUGACAGGAUCAGAGAAGGAGACCCUGCAAACCUGCACAACAAGUCCAGGAGGAUCUCACAGGCCAGCCAGCUGUCGUUUGAAGGAACUUCAUCUUUCAGCCCGAGACCGAUCGACAUGAGUAACGUCACUCUGUCCAGAGACAUGCAGUCUAUGGCUGAGCUGCUGGCAGAGAAUUAUCACAACAUUUGGGCGAGGAAGAAGAAAAGUGAGCUGGAGGCUAAAGGCGGAGGAAACCAUCCUCUGCUGGUUCCUUACGACACUCUGACGGCUAAAGAGAAAUCUAAAGACAGAGAGAGAGCUCAGGACAUCCUCAAGUUCCUGCAGAUCAACGGAUACACCGUGUCCAGAGGGGUUAAGUCUCAGGAGCUGGACACGCCUGCCAUAGAGAAGCGUUUCGCUUACACCUUCCUGCAGCAGCUCAUCACAUACGUUGACCAGGCUCACCAACACAUGAUGGAGUUUGAUUUGGGAACUCGACUGAAAGGAGACAAGAUUCCUCAUGAACAGCAGAUUAAAUUCUUUGGAAAGGUGGUCUUGCCGUUGGUGGAUCAGUACUUCAAAUACCAUAGGCUCUACUUCCUGUCCACAGCCAUCCAUCCAAUAAGCAGUGGAGGCCACGCCUCCAACAAGGAGAAAGAGAUGGUGACCAGUCUUUUCUGCAAACUGGGAGUUCUGGUCAGACACAGGAUAUCUUUAUUUGGUAACAAUGCCACCUCCAUAGUGAACUGUCUACAGAUCCUGGGUCAGAGUCUGGAUGCCAGGACCGUGAUGAAAACCUGUCUGGAGUCGGUGAAGGUGGCUCUGUGCUCGUUCUUCGUCAGUGCAGCCGAGGAUCUGGAGCGGACUCAGGAGAACCUGAAGCUGGGUCAGUUCACUCACAGUCGGGAUCAGCCUCGAGGAGUCACUCAGAUCAUAAACUACACCACGUUCGCCCUGCUGCCCGUCCUCUCCUCGCUGUUCGAACACGUGGGCCUGCACGGCUUCGGAGAGGACCUCAUACUGGACGAUGUUCAGGUCUCCUGCUACAGAAUCUUAAACAGUCUCUACCUGCUGGGAACCAACAAGAGCAUCUAUGUGGAGAGACAGCGUCCGGCGUUGGGGAAAUGUUUGGCAGCCUUCUCUGCAGCAUUUCCUGUCGCUUUCCUCGAGCCGCAAAUCAACAAGUUCAAUAGUUUCUCCAUUUACAACAACAGAGCGCACAACGACACAACAGCUCUGGGUAUACCUGAGCAGGUGGAGGAUGUGUGUCCGCUGGUCCCUAACCUGGAGAAGUCUCUGGAGGAGAUCUUGGAGCUGGCAGAGUCGGGCAUGAGAUAUAACCAGAUGCCUCAUGUCAUGGAGGUGGUGCUGCCCAUGCUGUGCAGCUACAUGUCUCACUGGUGGGAGCACGGAGCAGAGAGUCACCUGGACAGGCGUGACACAUGCUGCACAUCGGUCACCUCUGAUCACAUGAACUCCCUGCUGGGGAACAUCCUGAAGAUCAUCUACAACAACCUGGGCGUCGACGAGGGCACAUGGAUGAAGAGGCUGGCUGUAUUCUCUCAGCCGAUCAUCAGUAAAGCUAAACCUGAGCUGUUAAAGACUCACUUCUUGCCUCUCAUGGACAAACUGAAGAAGAAGGCAGCGGUGGUCCUGCUGGACGAGGAGCAGAGUCGGGCGGAGGGACGGGGGGAGAUGUCUGAGACGGAGCUCCUCAUCAUGGAUCAGUUCACUGUGCUGGUCAGAGACCUGUACGCCUUCUACCCCCUGCUCAUACGAUUCGUCGACUACAACAGGGCUCGCUGGCUGAAGGAGUCCAGUCCAGAGGCCGAGGAUCUGUUCCGUAUGGUGGCCGAGGUUUUCAUCUUCUGGGCCAAAUCUCACAACUUUAAGAGGGAGGAGCAGAACUUUGUGGUGCAGAACGAGAUCAACAACAUGUCGUUCCUCAUCACAGACACUAAGUGUAAGAUGUCAAAGGGCAUCGUGUCGGACCAGGAGAGGAAGAAGAUGAAGAGGAAGGGCGAUCGAUACUCCAUGCAGACCAGUCUGAUCGUGGCCACUCUGAAACGUCUGCUUCCUGUCGGUCUGAACACCUGUGCACCUGGAGAACACGAGCUCAUCGCCCUCGCCAAGAACAGGUUCAACCAGAAAGACACAGAGGAGGAAGUCAGAGAGAUCAUCAAGAACAACCUCCAUCUUCAGGGGAAGCUGGAGGACCCGGCGAUCCGCUGGCAGAUGGCUCUGUACAGAGAUCUACCAAACCACCCGGAGGACUCGCCUGAUCCUGAGAGGACUGUGGACCGAGUGCUGGACAUCGCUCAUGUCCUCUUUCACCUGGACCAGGUUGAACACCCUCAGCGCAGUAAGAAGGCCGUGUGGCACAAACUUCUGUCCAAGCAGAGGAAGAGAGCCGUGGUGGCCUGUUUCAGGAUGGCUCCUCUCUACAACCUGCCCAGGCACCGUGCCGUGAACCUGUUCCUGCAGGGCUAUGAGAAGUCGUGGAUCGAGGCUGAGGAGCAUUACUUUGAGGACAAACUGAUCGAGGACCUCGCUAAACCAGGUGAUCAGGAGAUGUGUGAAGAAGAGGAAGGGCUAAAGAACAUUGAUCCUCUUCAUCAGCUCAUCCAGCUGUUCAGCAGGACGGCCCUGACCGAGAAGUGUAAACUGGAUGAAGAUAACCUGUACAUGGCGUACGCUGACAUCAUGGCAAAGAGCUGUCAUGAUGAAGAGGACGAGGAUGGAGAGGAAGUCAAGAGCUUUGAAGAGAAGGAGAUGGAGAAACAGAAGCUGUUGUAUCAGCAGGCUCGUCUCCACGACAGAGGAGCAGCAGAGAUGGUUCUUCAGACCAUCAGCGCCAGCAAAGGUGAGAUGGGUCUGAUGGUGGCAUCCACUCUAAAGCUGGGCAUCGCCAUCCUGAAUGGAGGAAACUCGACGGUCCAACAGAAAAUGUUGGACUAUCUGAAGGAUAAGAAGGACGUGGGUUUCUUCCAGAGUCUGGCUGGUCUCAUGCAGUCCUGCAGUGUUCUGGACCUGAAUGCGUUUGAGCGUCAGAACAAAGCAGAAGGUCUGGGCAUGGUGACCGAGGAGGGAUCAGUCAUCACUCAUGAGCGUGGUGAGAAGGUCAUGCAGGAUGAUGAGUUCACCUGUGACCUUUUCCGCUUCCUGCAGCUGCUGUGUGAAGGACACAACUCAGACUUUCAGAACUAUCUGAGGACUCAGACAGGAAACAACACGACGGUGAACAUCAUCAUCUCUACGGUGGAUUACCUCCUCAGAGUGCAGGAGUCCAUCAGUGACUUUUACUGGUAUUACUCUGGUAAAGACGUGAUUGAUGAGCAGGGUCAGAGGAAUUUCUCCAAGGCGAUAAAUGUGGCCAAACAGGUGUUCAACACUCUGACCGAGUACAUCCAGGGUCCGUGCACCGGGAACCAGCAGAGUCUGGCUCACAGUCGGCUGUGGGACGCUGUGGUUGGCUUUCUUCACGUUUUCGCUCACAUGCAGAUGAAACUGUCUCAGGACUCCAGUCAGAUCGAGUUACUGAAGGAGCUGAUGGACCUGCAGAAGGACAUGGUGGUCAUGCUGCUGUCCAUGCUGGAGGGUAACGUGGUGAACGGGACCAUUGGGAAGCAGAUGGUGGACAUGUUGGUGGAGUCAUCCAACAACGUGGAGAUGAUCCUCAAGUUCUUCGAUAUGUUCCUCAAACUGAAGGACCUGACGUCGUCCGACGCCUUCAAGGAGUACGACCCCGACGGGAAAGGAGUCAUCUCCAAGAGAGACUUCCACAAAGCCAUGGAGAGCCACAAACACUACACCCAAUCUGAAACCGACUUCCUGCUGUCCUGUGCUGAGACCGACGAGAACGAGCUGCUCGACUACGAGGAGUUUGUGGAGAGGUUUCAUGAGCCGGCCAAGGACAUAGGCUUCAAUGUAGCAGUCCUGCUGACCAACCUGUCGGAGCACAUGCCUCAUGACACGCGGCUGCAGACGUUUCUGGAGCUGGCCGACAGCGUCCUGAAUUAUUUCCAGCCUUACCUGGGACGCAUCGAGAUCAUGGGCAGUGCCAAACGCAUCGAGAGGGUUUACUUUGAGAUCAGCGAGUCCAGCCGGACGCAGUGGGAGAAGCCUCAGGUGAAGGAAUCCAAGCGUCAGUUCAUCUUUGACGUAGUGAACGAGGGAGGCGAGAAGGAGAAAAUGGAGCUGUUUGUCAACUUCUGUGAGGACACCAUCUUUGAGAUGCAGCUUGCAGCUCAGAUGUCCGACGCCGGAGAGCGCUCGGCCGUCAAAGAGGAGAGCGAGCGAGAGAAACCCGACGAGGAGAGUCCUGAGAUGGGCUUCUUCUCCGUCACCACCGUCCGUAUGGCUCUGUUAGCUCUGCGCUACAACGUCAUGAUGUUAAUAAAGGUUCUGUCGAUGAAGAGUGUGAAGAAGCAGGUGAAGAGGAUGAAAAACAUGACGCUGAAGGACCUGCUGACCACCCUGAUGGCGUUCUAUUGGUCCUUCCUGCUAGCACUGCUGCACAUGGCAUUUAGCGUGGCCAGAGGUUUCUGCAGGAUCUUCUACAACAGCUUCAUGGGCGGGGGGCUGGUAGAGGGGGCCAAGACCAUCAAGGUGUCCGAACUGCUAGCCAACAUGCCCGACCCCACGCAGGACGAGGUAAGGGGAGAGGGGGAGGAGCGUGAGAAGAGACCCUCCCCUCAGGAGGACCUGGCAGACCUGGCGGUGAACACCAGCGAGACAGAGCUGCUGUCGGACAUCUUUGGUCUGGACUUAAGGAGGGAGGGGGGGCAAUAUAAGAUCACCCCCCACAACCCCAAUGCCAGCCUCACCGAGCUGCUCAACUCCCCCGUACCCUCCCCAACACCCCAAGCCCCACCCACAGCACCCCCACCUGAGCUCAGACAGAGGCAUCAGUCGAAGAGUCCUUCCUGUGAGGAGAAAGAGGCGACAGCAGACACACAAUCGGAACCAGAGAAAACAUCAGAGGUUGUAGAGAAGCAGGAGAAACAGGAGAAGAAGGAAAAGACGAUACCCAAAGUAAAGAGACUUCACACUUCAAAGUCUGAUGAACCCGACCUUCAGGAGUCUGCUGUCCUGAAGAAGAUCAUCGCCUACCAGAGGAAGCUGCUGAAUUACUUUGCCAGAAACUUCUACAACAUGAGGAUGCUCGCUCUGUUUGUCGCCUUCGCAAUCAACUUCAUCCUGCUUUUCUAUAAGGUCUCUACGUCUUCCUCCGUGGUGGAGCAGAGGGAGGUGGUGUUGACGAGCGGCCGUUUAGACAGCAGUGUUCAGUGGGACCCUCUGGGAGGAGAAGCAGCGGAGGUGAAGGAGGAGGUGCUGGAGGAGGCGGGGGAGGUGCUGAAGCCGGUCACAGUGCGUUUCGUUCUGGAGGAGAGCAGCGGCUACAUGGAGCCUAUGUUACGAAUCCUCGCUAUCCUGCACACUGUCAUCUCCUUCUUCUGCAUCAUCGGAUACUACUGCCUCAAGGUUCCAUUGGUGAUCUUUAAGAGAGAAAAGGAAGUGGCGAGGAAACUGGAGUUUGAUGGUUUGUACAUCACAGAACAACCAUCAGAGGACGACAUCAAAGGACAGUGGGACAGACUGGUCAUCAACACUCAAUCUUUUCCAAAUAAUUACUGGGAUAAGUUUGUGAAGAGGAAGGUGAUGGAUAAAUACGGAGAGUUUUACGGACACGACCGAAUCAGCGAGCUGCUCGGGAUGGACAAAGCUGCUCUGGACUUCAGCGACGCUCAUAAGAAGAGGAAACCUCGUAGAGAUGGCUCUCUGGCUGCUGUGCUGAACUCCAUCGAUGUGAAAUAUCAGAUCUGGAAGCUCGGAGUUGUUUUCACCGACAACUCAUUCCUGUACCUGGCCUGGUACAUGACCAUGUCAAUCCUUGGUCACUACAACAACUUCUUCUUCGCUGCUCACCUGCUCGACAUCGCCAUGGGCUUCAAAACGCUGAGGACCAUCCUAUCGUCUGUCACACACAACGGCAAACAGCUGGUGCUGACAGUGGGUCUGCUGGCCGUGGUUGUGUAUCUCUACACUGUGGUGGCCUUUAACUUCUUUAGGAAGUUCUACAAUAAAGGAGAGGAUGGCGAACUGCCGGAUAUGAAGUGUGACGACAUGCUGACAUGCUACAUGUUCCACAUGUAUGUAGGGGUGAGGGCAGGGGGAGGAAUCGGGGACCAGAUUGAGGACCCAGCAGGUGACGAGUACGAGAUCUAUCGCAUCAUCUUCGACAUCACCUUCUUCUUCUUCGUCAUCGUCAUCCUGCUCGCCAUCAUCCAGGGUCUGAUCAUCGACGCUUUUGGAGAACUCCGAGACCAACAGGAACAAGUGAAGGAAGACAUGGAGACUAAAUGUUUCAUCUGUGGGAUAGGGAACGAUUACUUCGACACAGUUCCACACGGCUUUGAGACGCACACACUGCAGGAGCACAACUUAGCCAACUACCUAUUCUUUGUGAUGUAUCUUAUCAACAAAGAUGAAACAGAGCACACAGGACAGGAGUCGUAUGUUUGGAAGAUGUACCAGGAGCGCUGCUGGGAGUUCUUUCCUGCUGGUGACUGUUUCCGGAAACAGUACGAGGAUCAGCUCAACUGACCCCUCCCUGCCCCGUCUCCUGCUGUGAGGAGGUUCAUCUGCUCUCCUCUGCAGGUGUGAGCCUUCAUCCUCCUCCUCAUCACACCCUGAUAGGAAUGCUUUGCAGACUCUGUACAUAGAUCAGAAUAUAUGCUGUACAGGAUAAUCUGGAGGUGCGUCAAGGCUUCAUCGUACUCCACGUUCACAGAAACAAGCAAAAAAACAAACAAACAGACGAACCACGGAGAGAGAGAGAGAGAGAGAGACAGAGAGAGAGAGACUAGAUCUUCCUGAAGACUGGAGGAUGUGAUGGAUUCAUAACAAGCAGAUAUUUUUAUGACGAUGUUUACAAUUUUUCAUGUUUUCAUUGCACGCUGCAUGUCGCUGCAGAUUGUGGACAACAACAGCUGAACAACAUGUGAACAACCUGCUGAGAUCCAGCAGCACUGAUCUGGGUAAAGCUGUGAGGCCUGUUCAGCUGCUGAUCAGGUGAAGGUAACCAGAAUAAUCCAGCUGUGCAGCACAGAUGAUCUCAGAGCUCAGUCAGACCUUAAAGAGUUCACAGAUGUUCAUGUUGUGUCCACACUCUGCACACACACACACACACACACACACACACACACACAAAAACACACACACACACACACACACACACAAAAACACACACACACACACACACACACACACACACACACACACACACACACACACUGUGUGUGAAGGGCUCCUGAACACACAAAGCUAGCUACACAAUCGACUGUCUGUUCAGUUUCAGAGGAGCUGAGGCAACUAGCAACUCCACAAUGUGUGGACAACAACAAGUCAACGAGUCCUUAUCCUCCAACAGCUCCUCACUCUACUGCAUCUUUUUUUUUAGUUGAAAAAUCAACAGAAGUUCCUCAAAGUAGAAUCUGUAUCUGAUCUCGCUGAUGACGCUUGUGUUCCUGACGGCUACUCAGACUGACAGCAGUCUCUGAACACAUCAGUAAUCCUCUGAGCAUGGUUUAUCCUGUGGGAGCCACUCUCAGGGCUUCCUGUGUAUCCGUCAGUCAGAGAUAAAGAAUGGCGCUGGAGAUGAGACACAACAUCUCAGAGCAGUCUGUUAGCUGUAUUUACCUCCACAUAUCUCUUUAGUUAGAGAUAAAUCAUCAUCAGGUGACCUGUGAUUAGUUCUGAGAUUGGAUUUGGCUGGAUUCUGUUCCACCUUUGAAUCUGCACAAUGAGGGUCUGAUUCACUAAGAAUGAUUACAGUCUCUUAUACAUCCAUAAAUCCUUCAUGUUCUUCCUCCCUCUGCUCAGUCUCUGAGUCUAACUCUCAACGCAUAUAGCUCUGAUUAUAUUCAGAAACAAACACAGUUAGCUCUUGUUUAGUGUGUGAAUGUGGAGAGAAGCUAUCUGCAGCUUUACUCUGCACAGAGCUGCACUCUCAAACUGACGGAGCUGCACUGUCAGGCUGACAGAGCUACACUCUCACGCUGACGGAGGUCAGUUCUGUCCACAUAAAGAAGAUGAGAAACUUUUGCCACUUUAUCAAGAGGACACUCUGAAACGGUGAAACUCCAAUCAAAUCUUUAAACAAAGCUUCCUCCCUGAAUGGAGCGAGGAAGGACGAUUCAAAGACUACAACAACAACGUUCACAUCGUUGUCAUGGUAACGGCUCCAGAGAUGUCGAGCCGCUGACAGCCCCGGACUGAUUUAACCCUUGGUUCAUAUCAGAGUCAUAUUUACAGACUUUAUUUACAGCGCUUUUAUUUUGAAGGCAUACAGAGGUGGAAGUGUUUUCUUGAUCACUGGAAAGUUUGAGCGUCACAUCUCUUAGAAAUACGGCAGCGCAGUUACCACCAACUCAGUUUAAUUAACGGUUUUAACACGAAACUCUGAGAUCAGGACUGAACUUCAUCCAGACAAAUGUCAUUAAACAUUUUAUAUCCCAUUUCUUUGAGUUCUAAGGAUAGCUCCUUAUCCAGCAUGUAUGUUCUGCCCUGCAGUUCACAUCACAGCCUCUAGGUGUCACUUGAGAUAAUCUUAUGUAAUUAUUGCUGCUCAAUCACAGCUCCAGGUACAUUUGUUUUUCAAUGGUUUUGUUAAAUGAAAAGCAAAAAGCAAUACCAAAGCAGCAAAAACACUCAUUUUUCACAGUUUGCAUUAGCAUUAGCCUGUUAGCCUAGAUAAGAAGGGAGGGGGGGGGGGGAAGAGGAAACAGUGCCUUAUGAAGAAAGUGGGGUGGGGGUGGCGGGACAGCUCAGUGCAGAGAGAGAGAGGGCUACACAUACACACUCACACACACUCUCUGUUACCCACACACACACACUCUGUUACACACACACACACACACACACACACACACACACACACACACACACACACACAGGCUCAUUAAACUCGUUCAGUCUGAAGGUUUGAAAGAUUUUCUGAUGUUUGAGGAACAAAAUAAUCUUUAUUAUCGUGGUUUUAUUAUUUCUUUAAAUGCUAUUAUUUGAUAUGUUCUGUUUCCUCGGCGACAGGAGCUGUGUGAUGAUUGGAUCAGAGCUCAGAUAGUUUUGAAUGUUUUGGUUAUUUUGAGAUGAUUUUAUGCAACACGUCAGAGAUCCACUUUAUGUACAGACAUGUUCAGAAUAACGUCAUCGCAUGUUUAAAUAUCUCAAAGACUGUGAAUGAACAACGAGUCGGAGUUUUUCAGAUGAAUGUGUGGAACAUGUGGAAACAUCUGUUUAAGAAUCACUCUUUAAGAUUUAUUUGAUGAAACAUCAGCAAUAGAUGAAGUGUCAAAUAUAAACACUUCAAGCUUUCCUUUGUCUCACAUUAUAAUGAUUUAUUAAUCUUAUCUGUACUUUAAUGGAAUAAGUUGAAUAUGCUGUAAAUAUAAGGAAACAUAUAAAACUGAAUAUUAUUAUUGUGGCUCUUUAAACAAAAUGACACAAACAUCAACGUUUGUCUGAACAUCGUCACACUUUAACAGCUGAUUUAAAUAUUUCAAUUUAAAUCGCUUUCCAAUUAUGCAAUUGUAACUUUAGCCCAUCACAGAACAGGCUCACACCGUCUGUGGAGAGGACAUUUUGAUUCUUUAUGAACAGCUUAAAAAGUUGUAGUUGUAGUUAGCAUCUAUGCUAGCUAAGCUAGCUAAACUAGAAUCUGCUGCUAAUAAAAUGUGAAACCUUUAAUCUCAGCUGUUUGUCUCAGACUUCAUGAAAAAAUAAAAAUAUAAUUUCAGAGGAUGUUGAAUCAGACAUGCGAUGAUGUUGUAGUUUUGUUUGUGUCCUCCAGGGGCUGCUAAAGAGCACCUUUAAUGUUGAGUGAGGCUGCAUGAGCGGUUAGCAUUAGCACUGAGUGUACAGGUGAGUGUGUAUUAUAAAGCCCAUUAAACCAUGAUGACGUCAUGCAUAUUUCAUUUCCUCAGUUUCACCAUCAGACUGAAUAACAAUAAGAUCAGCGUGUGCAGAAACAUGAAGCUGUAUGACGGACGUGCACGUGUGAGCGCAGAGACCACGUCUGCUGUUUCUCAGCUUCACUCUAAAAGUCUUUAACUCAUGAAUGGAUCUGCAUGAUUUUCAAAAUAAAACUUUAUUUAUAAA